UCAUGAAAAUCUUCCUGUAGUCUUCAUCGCCGUGAGAUGUCGGGCCAGAGUGUAAACAUCAUUUCGGCGCCGUUUGGACCAGUACUUUGAAACGUAUUUUUGUCAGUAGACGGCGGAAUCUUCAGAGUUUUGGUUUCGCUAUGGACUUUGUCGGCGAACAAGAGUUUUUGAGUGGAAUUGAGCCAUUGUCAACUUCAGAAACUAGUACUCCACACGAUACGAAAUUGAAAAAUUCUUUAGCUCCACUGGAUUCUUUAAAUAGUACUGAAGAUCCUAUCAAUUACCCAGUAAUGAAGCCAGGAUUUUCACCAUCACCUGUGAAACCUCUUUCAAGUUAUUCAUCUCCUGUCAUUACGGCUGAUUCAGGAUCAUUUACAUCAGCUGCUCAGGAAAUAACGAAGCAUUUGCAGGAAUCUCUUGCAACAAGUCUUAAGAAAGAGAAACAAGCUAUGCAGUCAAUUUCACCUGGUCCUAAGAAAAACGAUUCUAUUCUCAUGAGCAGUAAAUCACCAUCUGAUAGAUACUCCACGUCUCCAUCAAAGUUUAAAGUUAGAUUUGAUGACGAAGUCACACCAGGUGAAGGUGAUUUUCAAUCAGAAUUAAGGAUUUCAUUUCACACUCCUCCAAAAAAAAGAGACGUUUCCUCAACAGUUUCUACGACUUCUCCUGCACGAAGAAACUUGAGUCAUCAGAUGAAUAUGGAAAAAUUGUCUUCACCUCAGACUGACUUAAAAUAUACUUCAAGUAAUGACAAUUUUAUGCUUGAUUCUCUCAGAAUUCCUUCAAAUGAAGAAGAGAGACAGAAGUUGUUUGAUUUUAUGAAAAAAAUGGAAACAAGUAUAUCUGGAGAUCCAUUGUCAUCUUUGUUCUCUCUUCAAAGCGGAAUUAAGGAACAAAGAAAACAACCAAGACAAGCAAUUUCUAAUGGCAAUGUCAAACCGAGUGGUUCUGAAAUGUUUGGAAAGACCUCGAAGAUGAGCAGAAAUGAGAAAGCUGAUCCUAAUUUGAGGAAGAAGAAAAUUGAAAAUAGAAGGACCAAUCCAAAAGAGGUUGGAAAGAAAACUUAUACAAUGAAAAAUGAAGCAAGAGAUCAAAUGAAGAAAGUUCCAUCGAAAAAGAAUACUCAGAAAGUACCAAGCACAAAAUCAUCAAAGUUAUCAAAACAAAACAUCGCAAAAAGUACUGCUGCUGUGAAAUAUACAAGUGAAGGCCAACAAACAAUCGACAGUAUGGAGACGGUGAGAAAUCAUUUGCAAGGAAUGUUGAAAAUGGAUGGAGUAUUGGAAAACAAUGAACCGAAGAACAUAUCUGAAGAUUACAAAUUGUAUUUUGGUGCUAAGGAUACCAAAACUGACGGAGAUGGUCCCGAAUCUUUUCGUAGCACUGAUACUGCAACAUUGCUGAGUGCACAACCAUCCGAUUUUGUUCCGCCUACUUCAAGUCCAGAAUCAGCAUCGGGUGAUAUAGGUACCUUGAUGAACAAUGAUGCAACUUCAAAUAUAUUCUCUAUAUUACGUGGAAACUCGAAUCAUCCAACAACAACUACAAGAUCUUCUGUGGAUUCCAGUGUAACAGUUGAAAAUAAAAUAUUAAGAGAUACAUUGGAAAAAGAAAGGUAUCGUCGUAACCACUGUGAGAAGCAAAUACAAAAACUUCAAAACAAAAUACUUGAAAUUCAACAGGAACUCGCAGUUGGACAAUCUGUUGCAAGAAAAAAGGACAUGAUGAUUGAACAACUUGAUAAGACAUUGGCAAAAGUAGUUGAUGGUUGGAAAGGUCAUGAAGAGAAGCUCACAAAAUCAGUUCAACAAUUGACUAAGGAAAAAGAAAAAUUCAAAAUUGAAUUGGAGAAAAGUGAAGAAACGAUCAAUGGGCUUCAAUCAGAUGCAUUAAAUGUUAUUGUGGAUUAUGAAAAAAUGAAAGAAAGAUUGCAAUUGAAAGAAGAAGAACAAAAACUGCUUCAACAAACAUUUCAGAUGAAGACUCAUGAAAUAUCUCGAGUCAUUGACCAAAAAAAUUCUUCAAUUGAAAAACUUCUAAAUGAUAAGCAAACAAUGGUGGAAGAUAUCAAUAAUUUGACAAAGAAAAUGGAACAAUUGCAAGAGGAGGUUGAGAAUGAAAAAGACAAGUGGACAGAGGAAAUGCUUGAACAACAGAAGACACUAAAACAAGAAAUACAAUCGCAUAAGGCAAAAUAUGAUCAAGAGAAAAGUCGAAAUAAUGAUUUACAGAAGAUGUUGUCUACAACGCAACAAGAAGUUACAAGACUUGAAGAUCUAAUGGGGUCACUUCGACAAACCAUCGAUAGUUUAAAAAUGCAGGGUUCGGUGGAAGAAACCAAAUAUUCUGCUGCUCUUCGUAAAAUGGAAGCAGAACAUCAGAUUGAAAUGGAGAAAAAGGUUACAGAAAAACUUUCAAAAUUUCAUGAAGAAGCUGAAUAUAAAGAAAAAGAACUUCGUGAUGGACAUCAUAAACAGGUGAUGGAUAUAACAAAGAGUCAUCAAAUGGAACUGGAAAGUCAAUGUAGCUUGUAUGAAGAUAGAAUUGAACAACUAGAACAUAGAUGGAAACAGGAUUUAGAAGAUAAAGAAAGAAAAUUUGAUGAGAUAUUGAAGGAGAAAACAGAAAACCUCAGACGUCAAAUGAUCAACAAAAUGCAAAAUCUACUUCAAGCUCAUUACAACGAGACAUUGGAGGUAGUCGGAAACACAACUGGUAAUACACCGAUGCGACCAAUACGAUCUGGUACUCUUUCAAAUAUGCUUCAAGAUAUGAGAAGUUCAACAUAUUUACCUGGGAGCACAUUGCAUGACAUUUCAAAUUUAAAUAUCACAAUGCAAGACACAUUGAGGCAGACAGGAACCAGCAGAAAAUUAGGAAACCUGCUGGAGCCGACUAAGGAUAGUCAUAGUAAAGCCACCAAUUCAAUUCUGAGUAAUACCUCCAGUUAUCCAUUUGUUUCAUCUCGUCUGCCUACCUCAUUUUCUGCAUAUCAAGCACCUAUGACAAUUAACCAGUCUCAGAAGCAGAACAUGUCAGAAUUCAUUCCAAGUGCUACAGUAAAUGGAGAUCACAUGGAAUCAUUUCGUUCUUCAAUCAUAAAUGGAACAUCUAAGAAUGCAACUGCAAGAAAUAUAAUGGAAACAAGGACAACAGAAGCUCAAAAUGAACAACAUCCUCAAUUAAGUUAUAAGGAACCAACUCGGUCUGUGCAGCAUAUAACACAGAAUACUUUUGAAACUGAAGUCAACUUACCUAUGGGAGUGUCCAUGACACCUGCACAAAUUUUACCAGUGGGUGGUGAAAACACAAUAUCACCAAGCGUAUCACAAGAAGGAGACAGAAAUCAAUAUUUACAGCAUUAUAUAAAAAUGCUUUUGGAUAAAUCUCCUGGGGAACCCAUUGAUGCCCCUCAUCCUGUUACCGCACCUUUACAACCAGUACCACCUCCUGCAAUAUCUACAUUAUCUCCUAUUGUCAUUCCCAAUCAAUCACAAAAUACUAUAGAUGAAAAUAAGGAAAAUGAUGAUGAUGAUGACUUCAUUCAACCUACUAGAGUUACUUCUGAAAUGGCUAUGGAUGUUAUCAACUUUUUGAACAAGCAAUUAAAAACUGAACCGUCGCCAGAUUUGAUACCUGUUGAAAAGACUAAGACCCAAAAAUCUCCUCAGAAACAAAUGAUCGAUUCUGAAUUGAGAAUGCCUCAAAGGUCCUCAUCUAACACUGGUAGUGCUUUUCAGCAAGUUAAAAUGACAAAUGGAAUGAGGCCACAGCAGUUCAAUAACCUUCCAAAACAAGCCAACAAUUUAGUUACUAAAUCUCCAAAAAAAAUUCCACCGCAGUUAUCAAUGAAAGAUCUGGAAACAUCAACUAAAUCCUUUGGGAAAGUUACUCAAAAGCAGUUGAGUGAUGUAUCACGCAUGCUUGGAUCAUAUAUGAAUGGUAAUACACAACAAGCUGCAGAGAAACUUUUAUCAUACUUAGCUCAAUCGCAACAAAAGAAUCAUGAGACAUCCUUGAGCACAAGUCAAAUGUCUAUUAAGUCAAAGAAUAAAACAAAGACACCUUCAAAAGCAGCACCUGCUUGGCGUUGAUGUUUUUCUCAUUAUCAUUUGCUUCCUAUGUUUUGUUUCUAAAUGUUGUAUGAAGCUAUGCUGUUGUGAAUACCUCCAUAGUUUUUCUGUGUAUGCUGGUCGGAAUUUCCUGCUGUUCAAUGUAUGUGACGAAAAUCGUGACAUAUGUGCUGUUUAUAUUUGUGUUUGCAACUUUUGUAUGAUACCUGUCAUGAUAUUUGUUUUGUACGAGACUUAAAUCUGUCUUAUUUAUGUUCAAUUAUCUAUUAUAUUUUUGUAGAAUGUAGAGAUUUUGAUAUAUUAUAGAUAAUUUUGUUGUGGUAA